AUGGCGCCUCCUCCUCAGCAGCAGCAGAUCACGCUCGGCCAGAUCCUUCGCGCGCAGUACACGGACCCCGAAUCCUGGGCGGCGAACAAGGUCGUUCUCACCGCAUUCGGCACUUUCGCUGCCGCCGUUGCCGCCAUCGCUGCCUUCGGCGACAUGCUCGUCCCGACCUUCUAA